AUGGUGUUUCUUGCUCCUAUCUCGACUUUCUACCAAAUUUACAAGAAAAAAUCGAGCGAAGGCUAUCAGUCAAUCCCAUACGUAGUCGCUCUAUUCAGUGCCGUGCUAUGGAUAUAUUAUGCCUUCCUCAAGACUAACACCACACUUCUCAUCACCAUAAACUCAGUUGGCAUUGUUAUCGAGACAAUUUACAUUGUGCUUUAUGUUGUCUACGCCUCAAAAUCGGGGAAGAUUCAGACGGCGAAGCUUCUGGGUUUGCUCAUGGGAUGUGGCGCGGGAUUGAUUGUUGUGACUCAUUUCCUCGUGAAAAGUCCCGUGCAACGUGCUACCAUCGUCGGGUGGAUUUGCCUAAUAUUUUCUUUGUGUGUGUUUGUUGCCCCCUUAUGCAUUGUGAGACAUGUCAUACGAACCAAGAGCGUCGAGCACAUGCCAUUCCUUUUAUCGUUCUUCCUCACGCUUAGCGCGGUUAUGUGGUUUUUCUACGGCUUGUUGCUAAAAGACUUUAACAUUGCGAUUCCGAACGUGCUAGGGUUCACCUUCGGCAUCCUCCAAAUGGUGCUCUACCUAAUGUACAAAAACCCGAAAAACAAAAGAAUGGAAGAGCAAAAACUUCCUCAGAUACGAAAGCAAACUCAUGUGGUAGUCGAUCAUGAGGACAAGAAAAACGUCGAGAUCAUAACGAUUAACAACACAAUCGACAAAAUUCCGGCCGUGCCCCUGUCGUGCAAAAAUGAAGUCGAGCCAAUAAUAUCUCUGCCCCAGAACAUGCCCAGGCAUUGUGAAGUUUGA